UACAGAGCACCGCUUCAUGAGAGAGAGGCCGUUCUCACAGUGCAGUGCCACAGGAGUUCACGGAAUAAGAAACAGUGCACGGAACUUUCUUCUGUCUCCACGGCUACGGUGCCCCCGCUGUUCCGCAGCCAGUUGAGGAUAUAUAAUGCACACACCCGCUGACAGCUGCUACAGACGAGCUCCCCGGCAGGACACAGCAUUCUGAAAACUUACCUGAGGAGGUAGCGAGUGAGUCACUAAAGGUGAAUUGAAGGUCUUAACAAGAGAGCGAGCCAAUACUGGAGGGAGAGCAGGAUCACACAGGGGACCAAUCAGGCCAGAGAUGGCGCCGCAGGGCUGGGGGCUGGUGUUGGCCGAGUUCGGACUUUUGCUGUUGCUGUGGCAGGACGUGUUCACCAUGGAGGUUCCCCCGGACUUGAAACAGCCCCCCACAAUUACCAAACAGUCGAUGAAGGAGCACCUUGUGGACCCCAAAAAGGGCAUCUUCAUUGAGUGUGAGGGCAAAGGAAACCCUUUCCCGGUUUUCUCAUGGCUAAGGAACGGGAAGUUCUACAACGUUCCAAGGGAUUCCUGGGUGUCAAUGAGGCGGUGGUCGGGAACGCUGGACAUGGCCAUCGGCCACGGGCGUCGCUCAGAGGAGUAUGAAGCAGAGUACCAGUGUUUCGCAACAAACGAUUACGGCUCAGCUGUGUCCGACAAGAUCCAGCUCAGAAUCUCCAAGGCCCCACUGUGGCCCAAAGAGGUUCUGGAGCCUGUAUCGGUGUACAUGGGCUUCCCAUUGGUCCUCCCGUGUGACCCUCCUGGACUGCCCCUACCACAGACCUUCUGGCUGAACAGCUCCAUGAUGCCCAUCCCUCAAGACCGCAGACUAUCCAUGGGGGCGAACGGAGACCUUUACUUUGCUCACGUCACGAUCAACGACUCGCUGACUGACUAUUGCUGCAAUGCCCGCUUCAAGUCCACUCAGAGCAUCCAACAGAAGAGCCCUUACUCCCUCAAAGUGCUGACCACUCGGAUGGUGGCUGAGACGGUGCCCUCUUUUCUGAAACCCUCCGGGACGUCCAGCCUCGUGGUGGUCCGGAGAGGAGAAGAACUGGUCCUCGAGUGUAUUCCAGCCGGAUUCCCCACCCCCGUUGUCAGGUGGUAUAAGAACGGCGGUGACGUCCCGCCGCGGAGGGUGAAGCUGGAGAACUUCAACAAAAUGUUACGCAUCGGCAGGACAACCGACGAAGACACGGGUGACUACACCUGCACUGCUGUUAACAAGAUGGACAUUAUCCGCCAUGUAUUCUAUGUCCGGGUCAAAGUGGUUCCCUAUUGGGUAGAAAAGCCUGCUAACCUGAUUGUGGCACCGGAUGAGAAUGGCCGGAUAGUGUGCCGGGCCCAGGGCACCCCUAAACCCACUGUCCAAUGGCUUGUGAAUGGGGAGCCCAUUGAGCUUGCCCGGCCGAACCCCAGCAGACAGGUUUCGGGGGACACCCUGAUCUUCCGCUCAGUGCAGAUUGGCAGCAGUGCCGUGUACCAGUGCAACGCCUCCAACGACUACGGCUAUAUCCUCGGCAAUGCCUUCGUCCACAUCCUGGAUGCGGCCCCACGUAUGCUGGGCCCCUGGAACCAGGUGGUGAAGGCGAUCGAGAACAACCGCACCUUCCUCCACUGCUCCUACUUUGGUGCCCCCGUACCUGAGCUACGCUGGUUUAAAGAAGGCCAGAGCACCAUUUUAACUGGGAGUCAGUACAGAACCCUCCCGAAUGGCACCCUUGAGAUCCGGCGGGUCAGAUCACAUGACCAGGGCUUCUACACCUGCGUGGUCACCAGCAGGAUGGGAAGGGCAGAAAACCACGUCCGUCUGGAGGUCAAAGAGGCCACCCAGUUCCUGCAGUCGCCACAGCGCCUGACGGCCAGCAGAGGGAGCCUGGCGCGCCUCAACUGCAAGGCCAAACAUGACAUCAGCAUGCCCAUCACCGUGACCUGGCUGAAGGACAAUAAACCUAUCAACCUGGGCUGGAGGUUGAGAAAGGAGGACGAUCAUCUAGCCAUCCCUGGGAUCAACAGAGGGGAUGAGGGUAAAUAUACCUGCAUCAUCAAAACAGAGCUGGAUGAGAUCUCUGCGUCCGCACGCGUCACUGUCAUAGACCGGCCGAACGCUCCCACAGACCUGGAGCUGUCAGACGCUUCAGAGCGCACCAUCCGACUCUCCUGGGUGCCAGGAGACGACAACCACAGCCCCAUUCUGGAAUUCCUGGUGCAGUUUGCGGAGGAUCGGUGGGAGGGUGGCAGGUGGCAGAACCUGUCCAGUUACCCCGGCAACCUCAACUCCGUUAUCCUCCAGCUGACGCCCUUCACCAAGGUCCAGUUCCGAGUCAUCGCCAUCAACGCCAUCGGCUGGAGCCGCCCCAGCGUGCCGUCAGGGCAGUACAAGACCGGCGGAGCCCCUCCCGAUGCCAUUCCUUCAAACAUCAGAGGGGUGGGGUACAGGAGGACCAACAUGGAGAUCAGCUGGCAGUACCUAAAGGACAUGGAGAGGAACGGGCCCCACCUGCGGUACGUGGUGUGGUGGCGUCGCAGAGACUCCAGGGAGGAGUGGAAGAAUGCCACCACCUACUGGCGGAGAUACUACAUCUACGACACGGACACCUUCACACCCUACGAGAUCAAGGUCCAGGCCAUGAACGACUUUGGGCUGGGCCCUGAGUCACACAUCAUCAUAGGAUACUCUGGAGAGGACCGGCCGCUUACCGCUCCCACCAACGUACGGAUCUCAAAGACCGAGAGCACUGAGGCCACAGUGCACUGGACCCCCGUACCCCAAAGCAGCAUUAUGGGAGCACUAAAGGAGUACAAGGUGUAUUACUGGCGACACAGCAGCGUGUUACCGUGGCUGAGCGUCCGCAGGAACAGAAAGAGUCAGGGCUUCUACGGGACCAGCCCGCGGCCCUGGGGCGUCCUGACGGACCUCAUGCCCUACAGCAACUACAGGAUGCAGAUGGUGGUGGCCAACAACCGAUACGAGGGCCCGCCCAGUGCCACCAUCGAGUUCCAGACCAUGGAGGGAGUGCCAGGACCUCCCGAAUACCUGACGGUCCAGCAGAGACACCUGGACACCAUAUAUGUGGAAUGGGCAAUGCCUCCUGAGCCCAAUGGAAUCCUGACGGGGUACACCCUGAAGUACCAGACAGUGAAUGGCACCAAGGGGCCAGGCCGAUUGCAGGUGGAAUCGCUCCCCGUGAACGUGACGAGCUUCUCCAUGCGCCGGCCUGACCGCUACACCCGCUACAAGUUCACUCUGUCCGCUCUGACACAGCUGGGAGCCGGGGAGGAGCUCAGCGAGGAGUCACCACACUACACCACCGAAGCAUACUCCAGGGAGCAGGUGGAUAUCUCCACACAGGGCUGGUUUAUUGGGGUGAUGUGUGCCGGCGCCCUGCUGGUGCUCAUCGUCCUCAUCGUCUGUUUCAUCAAGAGGAGCCGCGGGGGAAAGUACCCAGUACGGGAGAAGAAAGACCUGCCAUUGGAUUCAGUUGAUGACAAAGACCAAGACGGCUCAUUUGAUUACCGGUCUCUAGAAAGGAUAAAUCGUGUCUCCACCCUUCCAUAUCCAAAACGAGAGGAGGACAGCCGGCAGAUGCGCGGGAGCGAGAGCCAGGCGUCGCUGGACGGCCGGGUGAAGAUGCAGGACAGCGAGGACGACAGCCUGGUGGAGUACGGAGACGGAGACGACGGGGACCGAGAGUUUAACGAGGACGGCUCCUUCAUCGGCCAGUACACCGGCAGGAAGGACCGCGAGGACACCCACUGCAUCCCCAGCUCCGAGGCCACGUCCCCCAUGAACACCAUCUACUCGCUGGCAUAGCCAUGAGCCCAGGAGCAGGGGGACGAUGGAACACACACACACACACGCACAGACACACACACACACACGGACACACACACACACAUACACACACACACACACAAACACACACACACACACACACACACACACACAAGGACACAUGGACACACACAGACACACACGGACACACACACACACACACACACACACAAGGACACACAGGAUGCCAAGACGCAGAGACACUCUUUCUUUCCCCCAGUCUCUCCCUCAAGAAGUAACGAUGAACCAGGUGGCCACUUUUAGCCCCACCGCCCUCCCUGUGCACCAGACUAGCCGACAGGAGCCAGGACUCAGCCCCCACUCUCCCCACUCUACACAGAUCUGUGAAUACUAUAAGGGGGAUUGUUAAUUAUGGAGGAGUGGGGGUGUUGAUUAUAGGGGGUGGGGGUGCUUCUUCAGAACUGUAUUUCUGGGAUUUUUUCAGUCUUGUCUUCAGUCUUUCAGUCUCUGCAGUGUGUACACCUGUGUGUCCCACAUUUGCUGUGUCAGUUGUACAAUAGCUGUCAGGUUUAUGUUCUUGACAAAGUCAUGUUAUUCUCCUCAUCACGAAAGGAGAGGAAAAUCAAAGCUCUGCUCUACAUCAACUGAUAGGAGGCCUCUCCAGGAUCCAAUGAAUAUACAGUGAAAAGGCUUCAUUGCUGGUAACUGUGAAAAAGUGACUAGAUAACCCUGCAUUGUGUUUUAAGUUGGAUUUUGAAAUCAAAAUCGAAUUUUGUUCCCACAACAUGGAGUUAGUGUAUAUGUCCCUUUUAUGUCGGCACACUGAGUAACUCUUGUUGUAGUCUUGUCCUUGAUUUAGCCCUCAUGUCAAUGAAUUCCAGGCUUGUACUUUUGCAUACUUGUCUAGUUUGAUCCAAGAGUAUCUGACCCAAAGGACUCAAGUGGCAACUGCUUGGCUAAUUCUUAGCAAAAAAAGAGGUGUAUGUUGUAUGAUUUAGCAGUCUGAGGCCCAUGUUCAGUCAACAUUUCUUCUGGACUCUUGGACUUGACUAGACUUUUGUAUAGAAGAUAGAAGUAAGAUGUGCACCCAUGCAGCUGACCCUAGCCUAAGUCAUGGAAGUGUUCUGGUGUAAGCACCAGCAGAGAGAGAGAGGGAGAGAGAGAGAGAGAGAGAGAGAGAGAGAGAGAGAGAGAGAGAGAGGGAGAGAAAGGGAGAGAGGGAGAGAGAGAGGGAGAGAAAGGGAGAGAGGGAGAGGGAGAGAAAGGGAGAGAGAGAGAGGGAGAGGGAGAGGGCGAGAGAGAGGGAGAGGGAGAGGGCGAGAGAGAGAGAGGGAGAGGGAGAGGGAGAGGGCGAGAGAGAGCAGGUGUCUAGUGAAUCCUGGUCUUACCUGGGCCAGCUGUGAUGUGCUAACCUGUGGACUCGCUCUUCUUGCUGAAGUUACCUAUUCAGGCUCUACACAGCUGUGUGUUCAGAGCCACUGCCAGAAUGCCCUGUGGACACACAUCCGUACAGCUUCUCUGUCCUACAAUGGGCUGUGUGUUAAUGUUCCAGGUAUGAAGUGCUUCAACAUUAUCAGAUGCUUCUUCUCUAUGCUUUUUUUCUUUUUUCAGAAUUUAUUUAACACACUUUAUUUGCAUGUUCAAAUGUUGCCGGCAACACAUUUAAGUGUGUUGGGGUGGUGAGGGGGGGACGGGGGAUGACAAACAGUAAAUUAAAAUCUGUAAUGUCAUUUAUCUUGUAAAUUUGGUAAACUUUGUUCUAAAACAGUAUGGGUGCACUGGUAUUGUAAAGCAGAUACAGUACACUGAUACCGUGUUAAGUAUUAGGCUCUAUAGGUGUAUUGGGUAAAUGAAAUAAAUAUAGUGAAAUGUUUUUUUAUUUUAUUUAUUUUUGUCAUUUUUUAACCGUUGAUUAAAAAUUGUUUUUAACCAGUACUGGUAUUGUGCAUCUCUGUGGUAUGGCCUAAUCCGACUUGCUUGAAUAUUGUCCUUGUUCUUUAAAGAACAGUACUUUUACACAUCUUUCCUGGACUGUGGGGCUCCUUUGCUGUAAAUAAACAUUUUACAGCUGUAA